CCUCCGGACCGCUUCUUUCGCCGCCGACAGGCGAUAGAAUCUUGACUUGUCCUAUGCGCUGCUCACAUUAGUUCCCCCAUGUCAAUAAUUACGAGAAUAUCUCCUUUCGCGUUACGGCGAAGCGUGUGGGCCGCUGCCAGGGGCAGUGUUCUGCCUCGGGCUCGUGGGCUGCUCACUCUCGCUAUCGAGACGUCCUGCGAUGACACCUCGGUUGCGAUCGUCGAAAAGAAGGAAGGCUAUGCGAAAAUCCACUUCCAUGAGAAAGUAACGUGCGACUCCACGGCGUACAAGGGCAUCCAUCCGGUCGUCGCACUCGAGUCCCAUCAAGAAAACCUCGCGAAGCUCGUCAACAAGGCGCUCACCAGUUUACCACCGGCUCCCUCCGCCGAUACCCCCCUCCACAAGCUAGUCACACUGGCAAAUGGCAACGAAACGCGACGCAAACCGGACAUCGUGUGCGCCACGCGGGGCCCCGGAAUGAGGACCAAUGUCUUGGUUGGGUUGGAUACGGGGAAGGCACUUUCCGUGGCAUGGCAGGUUCCAUUCAUCGGUGUGCAUCACAUGCAGGCUCAUCUGGUGACACCGCACCUUCAAUACUUCCUGGAUCAAAACCCGGAGAACGACCCCGAGCACGCCCGAUCGCAUCAUGACGGCGGAGUCCCUCAACAACAGGCCAAGCCCGCGUUCCCGUUCAUCUCCAUCCUCGCCUCGGGCGGCCACACGAUGCUGGUGAAAUCCACCUCACUCACGAACCACGAGAUCCUGGCCUCGACGCUGGACAUCGCGGUCGGGUCCGCCCUCGACAAAGCCGCGCGUCUGAUCCUGCCGGACUCGGUCAUCGAGACGUCCCAGCACUCCGUGUACGCCAAAGCGCUGGAGCAAUAUGCCUUCCCCAACGGCUGCGCCGACCACGCCGACUACCGCGCGCCGGCGACCCGGCGCGACGAGGUCCAGGCCCCCGAACCCAACGAGUGGGGCUGGUCCUUCACGACCCCCUUCGCCAACACCCGCGAUCUGGUGUUCAGCUUCACCUCCAUCGAACCGACCGUGGAGCGACUGAUCAAGCGGAAGGAGGAAGCCGGCGAGGGCUGGGCGGACGGCGAGCGGGUGGCCCUGGCCCGCGCGGCCAUGCGCACCAGCUUCGAGCACAUCGCCUCGCGCCUUAUCAUCGCGCUCGAGGACAAGCCUCACGAGACCCCCAUCCAGUCGCUGGUCAUCAGCGGCGGCGUGGCGGCCAACCAGUUCCUUAAGACCGUGCUCCGGGCGUUCCUGGACGUGCGCGGGUUCCAAAACAUCCAGAUCUAUGCCCCGCCGCCGUAUCUGUGCACGGACAAUGCGGCGAUGAUCGCGUGGGCGGGGAUGGAGAUGUACGAGGCUGGCUGGCGCACGGAUCUGUCGGUGCAUGCGCUCAGAAAGUGGUCUCUUGCUGACGAUUCGAACGCGAAGGAUGGGGGCUUCUGGGGACCUGGCGGGUGGAUCAAGGAGGAAGGGAAGGAAUAAAAUAAUAGGGUGUAUUCGUGGGUAUCACGCUUGCACUGUUGUACACUACUAGUCAUAGCCAUUGUAUAUUACAGGUCUUUCAGCUCCCUGAUCGGAGCAUAUGUAGGUAUAUUGAAAACUAGGGUUCUAUCACUACGCCUGAUUGGGU